AUGGCAGAAAGAGAUGUUUGGGAGCUGCUACGUGUUGUUGGAUUCAUAGAGUUUACGCCCUUGGUUCCUGAACAGCUUGUUCCGCCGUCCAACUCCCCGGGGCAAACGGCUUCGCUGGACCGCCGAGGACAGGAGCUGGCUGGCGGGUCAGGGGGCUCGGUGGUGCCCCUCGACCUGCUCCAGCUCCUAGGAGGCAACCACGAAAUCCCCCUGGCUACCUGUCUUCUCGCCGGCAGCAAAGACUCCCUCCCCCCGCCUAGCAGAGAACCGUGUUGCCCUCCUCUGCCCAACGCCAUCCCUCACCGACUGCAGUACUUUCCAGUAAUUCCUGGUCAAUGGACUGGUGAAGUGGAACGAGGACCAUCGCGGCGGCCGCUGAGGGACAAGAGACGCCACCACAAGCACGCCUUAACCAGAAGAGCCGACGGGUGCUUGGCCUUCAGAUGGUUGAGUACACGGGCAGCCCGGUUCAGUGUGAUCCAGCUGACGCACCCAUGCCUGAGCCAUCCGGUCCGGCAUUCCCCGCCCAUCCGGACUCGCUUCCUGCUCCAGGGGAGGCUGCACAGGGGGCAUUUCCAAAAAGCCAGCAAAGGAGAAGCAACACACCUCCUGUCCUGGAAACGAGAGUCUCAAGGUUCUUGCCGGAGGCCGAAGGACGUGGAGUGGGCUGCUGCUGGAGCAGGGGACAGCCUCAUCUCUGCUCCAGCUGUGUCGGCGCACCCUCUGCUCCUCCGGCAAAAGGGCUGUGCUAUGUACGGUGGGGGACAAGGGUCCUUUAAUUUCCAGGUCCCAGAGGAGCAGCCUGGGCCCUCAGGGCAAGGACUGCCGCCCCCUUCCCAGGCCACACUGUGGACCAGCCCGGGCCUCCACUGCCUGCUCGGAACUGCCUUGGCCCUCAAGAUUGGCCCAGCACCAGCCGCGCUGGUGGAGGCCAUCUGCAACCAGCUCGUCAUCUCCACCUCGUGGCCAGGCGGUCGGGGACCACGAGGAUACAUCUCUCCGACUAUCGUGGACAUUAGAGAAGCAGACCAGAUGGAACAUCCCACAUUUAGGAGAGCCCUUAAUGGGACGCUCCUUCUGAAAGCCUUCCCGGCGGCUCAAGCUCUUGGCCUCGAGCAGCCUGCUGGGGGCCAAGCCAGGGCGAAGACGCCCGAAAAGGUGGAUGUGGAGGUCUGGGUCCACGUCACCUCCGAGGGUGGUGACACAAGUGACGCCACCCUCGUCCCGAGCCGGUGGAAGGUCCAGUUUGGGCGCUACCAGGGGAAGACCUUCCACUGGCUCCUGGAGAACGACGUGGGCUACAGCGUCAAUCUCGUCGCCUCCCACCAGAAGGAGCGAGAGAGGACGGGGUCUCAGUCCCCACUGAUGGCCAACAAGGACGCCUUCACCCGUUACUCCUCAGCAUACCCUGACUUUGUGGAGGCGGUCGGGUUCCACCGUGCCUUUGAGGAGUCGCGGAUUUGUCAACUACCUCCGGAAGAAAAAGGGCCAGCUUCCGGCACGCAGAUGGAGAACGUCGUCCGCUACAUAAAACCCAGAGACAGGCAGAGAGCUGCUGCUGCUGCUACAUCCACCACCACCACAGCUGCUGCAUCCACCGCAGCGCCACCACUGCCAACGAUGAGCCCACUGAUGAGAAGUUGCUGGGGGCCACACAAGGACAGGAUGACCCUCCAGCACUCCUCAUCAGGGUCCAGGGUCCGCCACCGCCUGCAGCUGCCAUCCAGGAGGAGUUGCCGGAGCCUGCCUUCGGUAACGUUACUUGGAUCGGAUCUCAGAUGUCACUGCUGCUCUGCUCUGUCCUCUGAUAUUAAAGCGCUCUGUUGUUGUUUUUCUCUGUCCAGCUGCUGCCUGAGUCCUGGCGUGCAGCUCUCACUGCAGGGCAGCAGGAGUGGAUCGGUUGGGUGCCGUUUACCAGGGACAGCAGUGGGAGGUCUCGCCUCACCAGUGAGCUCAAUCUCUGGUGGUACCCCCCCACAAGACCAGCCGAUCUACAACCAGCCUCCUGCAUCCCCCGACCCCUUCUUUGCACGUCGGCUGUUCCUGUGGAUGCCGCACAGGAUCUGGCAUCUGCAGCUGACGUGCCCCCAGCCUUUGUGCACAGGGUCCUUGACCAAGGCUGGGCUGUACAGGACCAUCCGGAGGGUCCUGGACAUCGACGGCUGGUAUCUCAUGGCCACUGAGUACCUGGAGUGCCGUCGAUGUAAGAAGAAGGUCGGCGGGUGGUCACAGGGCAUCAUUAGGCAGCUGCCUCCCACCUACAGCUGCCAAUUCCCUGCUGUACUGACGUACAAGCUGUCCUGUGACCUGAGGGUGGUUGUGCAGCUGAGGUCACGCACUCUGGGGAACAGUGCUAACCGGCUGUACAAGACCCUGCGGGAGCAACACACUGAUGCCUGGAUGCGGAGAGCGAUCGGGUACCUCGGCGUUUGCGAGCAGUUCCUGGCCUUGGGGGGGGGGCGGUUUCCACCACCGCCCCAGAUGCCCCCCGUUCCAUCACCCAUCUGGCUGCUGACGGUGUACGGGUACGACAUCCUGACGCGGCUAGAUGAGUCCAAGGCCAGGAUCACGUCCACCUUCGGGUCCAUCCUGAAGAUGGACUCCACCAAGAAGGUGGCGAAGAAGCUCGCCGGUACCGCUUCCGACACGGCCGCCUGGGUUACCAACGUUGGGAAUGAGCACGGGCAGGUCCUCAUCAGUGUCCUCACCUGCUCCGAGGGCACAGAGGGCCUGUCUCCCAUGGCGGCCGGAUUAAUGAGGCGGUACCGACUCGCCGGGGUACCUCCCCCCCAGCUCAUCUACGUGGACCGCGACUGCUGCAACAGAGACGGCGUGUCGAGGACAGCUGCCUUGUUCCAUGAGUGGGGGCAGCUCGUGGUCAGACUGGACAUUUGGCACCUGAUGCGGCGCUUCACGUCAGGUGUCACCACCGAGAGCCACGAGCUGUACCCCUCUUUCAUGAGGCAGCUGUCCCACCGCAUCUUCGAGGUGGACUCGACAGAUGCCCGCCGUCUCACGGAGGCUAAGCGGUCCGAGCUGGAGGGGAAGCACGGGAUGGUCGGCCUGACCGACGCCGAGGUGGUCCGGAAGAUCUCCAAGAAGGAGUGGAGGCUCCACUGCCGUCGUUGCACGCGUGGGGCCGAGGAGACAGCACUCCUUAUACAGGAGCUUCUGGACACCUUCGGCGGUGAGGCAGGACGCGACAACCUGGGCAUCCCGUUGCUUGACAAUCUCCGCAUCCAGGACAUCUGGAGUACGCAGAGGUGCCACCUCAGCUGCAUACAGGACCCACCGGGUGUGCAGCUUUACACCGAGACCGGCAGGCUGACAAAGGGCGGAGUCAGCUUGCCAGUUUACCGCUGCGCGAGGGGCUCCACAUCUCUGGAGUCCUUCCACCUCCACCUCAACCGGUUCAUCCCAGGGACAACUGCUUCUGGGAAGUACUUCCAGGCGUUCCUGGUCGAUGGACUGGUGAGGUGGAACGAGGACCGCGCAGCGGCAGCUGCACCACCGGUUGCAGCUGAGGGACAAGUGGCACCUCUGCACUCCUACAGUGGCCACCUCAAGCACGUCCUUAACCAGAAGAGCCAACGGGUGCUUGGUCUUCAAAUGGUUAAGGACUUCACCAAACCUGCCGAGUACACAGGGGAACUCAUCGGGGUGGAGUUCCUCUACCGGCAGACAGGCAGAGUGCUUGAGGAUGUCAGCUUGGACCCUGACACUCCGGACGAGGUUGCUGCCAUCCAGGAGCUGGAGGAGGCGGAUGAGGGCAUCGAGGAGGACGUUGAGGAGGACCCAACCCUCUUUGCCCCAUCCGUCAGUACAGCGGCAGCAGCCCGGUCAGGUGAUCCGGCUGACGCACCCACGUCUGAGCCAUCCGGUCCGGCCGCCCCCGCCCCUCCCGAGAAUAAAGCUUCGGACAUCGAUCGCCUAUCGGUCCAGAAUCAGCCUCCACAAGCUCAAAACACACAUGAGACAAAAAAGUGA